AUGGCUGCCACUGAUGGCGUGGAUGGAGUCAACGGUGUCAACGGUGUCAAUGGUGCCAAUGGCUCUCCCAAGUCAGCCCAUGUCUCUGUUGAAGAGUUCAUCGCACAAGAAAGCUAUGACUACCUCAUAUGCGGUGGAGGCGUAACAGGAUUGACGGUUGCUGCCCGCUUGACCGAAAACCCCGAUGUCACGGUUGGGGUCAUCGAGGCUGGGAAAAACCGGCUUGGAGAUUUCCUGGUCGACACCCCCGCUCUGUUUACUCAGAUGCUGGGCAACAAGGAAUAUGACUGGUGCUUUAAAACUGUGCCUCAGGCAGGCAAUCAAAACAAAGUCCAUCACGUACCUCGUGGACGCGCAUUGGGUGGAAGCAGUGCUAUCAACUACUUGAUGUACGUCCGUGGCUCGGACCAAGAUUACAAUGACUGGGCAGAGCUGGCCGACGACCCUUCGUGGUCGUGGGCAAACGUGAAGCAGUACAUGCGCAAGCACCAGACCUUGGAGCCGAUCGAUGAGCGCAUCACCGACCGCACAAGCAUUCCGUUUGUCGAAGAGAACCACGGCACCAGCGGGCCUGUCCGCACCAGCUUCAACGACACUUGGUUCCCGCUUGAAGACGACGUGGCCAAAGCAGCAGAACAGGCCGCGGGGUUCGACAAGAAGCCCGUCGAUCCCUGGAGCGGAGACCAUAUCGGAUUCUACAGAGGCCUCGGUACCGUGGCGCGGACGGGCCCGCUCAAAGGCAAACGCAGCUAUGCGGCCCGGGGAUACUUCCAAGCCAACGAACAUCGGCCGAAUCUCAGGGUCAUUACCGAAUCACUGGUGUCCCGGGUGGUCCUGGACAACAACAAGACGGCGACCGGCGUCGAGUUCAUCCACGACGGGCAGAAACACAGGGUCCAAGCCAAGCGUGAAGUGCUUCUUGCCGGCGGCGCCAUCAAUACGCCGCAGAUCCUGGAGCUGUCGGGGAUUGGCGACCCGACAGUCCUGCAGGCGGCGGGCAUCGAAUGCCUGGUGGACCUGCCCAGUGUCGGCAACAACUACCAAGACCACGUGGCCGCGUUUGCCUGCUACGAGCUCGCGCCCGGCCUGAUGGGAGGCGACUCGAUCUACAAGCCGGAGGUGUUGGCCGCGGCGCAGAAAGCGCUGGCCGAGACGCAGGGCGGGCCCCUGACAGGCAUCCAGGCGGUGCAGGGCUUCCUGCCGUGCUCCCUGUUCCUCGAGGAAGGGGAGAUGGACGAGAUCAUUGCGUCCAUCACCAAGUCGCAAGCCUCGGCCUCGACCACGCCGUUUCAAAAGAAACAGUGGGACCAAGUGAUCGCGCACAUCAGGAACCCGCGGUCCGCCAACCUUCAAUUCGUCUUUAUCACGGUGAGCGCCGACUUCGACAACGGGGUGCCGGACCAGGCCAAGCUGUUCCCGCCACAGCAAGACACUUCGGGAGCCACGCCAGACGGCAUCACCCUCUGCGUGUGUCUACAAUACCCGGUGGCCCGGGGCCAUGUCCACAUCAAAUCCGCCGACCCGACCGCCUACCCGGAAGUCGACCCGGGAUAUCUGAGCCACGAGGCCGACGUGGCCGUGCUCGCGGCCGGAAUCAAGUUCCUCGAGACCGUCGCCCAUGCGCCCGCGCUCGAGGGGAAACUGGGCGCCCGGGUCAAGCCUGAUCCGCGCACCUUUCCGUCUUUGGACACGCCCGAGACGCGCCGUGCUUCGGUCCGCGACACCUGUCUCGGCGAAUACCAUAGCUGUGGCACUUGCGCCAUGGGCGACACCGUCGACUCCCGACUGAGGGUGCGCGGCGGCGUGCAGAACCUCCGGGUCAUCGACGCCAGUAUUUUGCCCAACAAUGUCUCCGGGAACAUCAUUAGUAGCGUCUACAUGCUUGCCGAGAAGGCGGCUGAUAUGAUCAAGGAGGAUUGGGACUAUGCCGCCCUGAACAAGGUUAAGGUCAAGCAGUCCAAUUAG